GGAUGUUUUCAACUUUUUAUCUUGUGUUUGCACUUUGAGGCAGAGGUCUGUCAUACUUUUUCUCACUUGAACUCUGUCUUGGUGUCCUUGAAGACGCACGGGCCGCAGCGUUUGCCUUAUUCACUGGUUAACUUGCGGGAUCAAAGGUCCUCUUUUAUGAGAUAUCACUGCGGUUUGGCCGGGCGCUCAGUCAGUCAGAGGCAGGCGGACAGCCAGAGAGGACCAUCGGUGCUUCCACUCCACAGCUCUUCCCCCAGAUAAAGCCAGCCAGCAUGGAUAACCACUACGACACCACUAUCGACCUGGGAGACGACUUGGCGCCCAAAUACGAGACCCCGGGUGAGGAGAGGUACAGCGAGGUGCAGGUCCACGCCUCCGCGGAGGCAGAGCGGGACGCCUCGGACUACAUGGAAAUCCGGGAAUUGGAGAGGAAAGACAGCUCUUCUUCGUCCUCUUCGUCCUCCAGCGACGAGGAGGAGGCCAAAGCCAAGGCUGAGGAGGGGGAACGGGUAGAUUCGCCGCCCGCUGGGGAGGUGGAAGAGGCGCACGGCUCGUCCAGGCGCUCAUCAGCCUCCUCGAAGUCCUCCUCCUCCUCCUCUUCUUCCCACGGAGACCCGUGCGACGACCCGCCGGUCCAGACCUUGGUCCAGCUCGAGGAUAACGCCGCGGAGGGGAUGAUGAUGGCCUACACUCAUACUGAAAUCAAGGCCAAGCCGGAGGAGUCGGUGGACUACAGCCUGAAAACCCUGGAGCACGUCGCCCUGGGUGACAGCGGCGCGGCGCCGGCCGACCCCAGCCAGCCCGUCGUCUCCCUGUUCGUCAAGGCGGGCAGUGAUGGGGAGAGCAUCGGCAACUGUCCCUUCUCCCAGCGUCUCUUCAUGAUCCUUUGGCUGAAGGGGGUCGUGUUCAACGUCACGACGGUUGACCUCAGGAGAAAGCCAGCGGAUCUUCACAACCUGGCCCCGGGGACACACCCACCCUUCAUCACCUUCGACGGAGAGGUCAAGACGGACAUCAACAAGAUCGAGGAGUUUCUUGAGGCAAUGCUCUCCCCUCCAAAGUAUCCCAGGCUCGCCGCCAAGCACAGAGAGUCCAAUACAGCUGGAAAUGACAUCUUUGCCAAGUUCUCAGCCUUCAUCAAGAACACCAAACUCGACGCCAACGAUGGUCUGGAGAAAGGUUUAACCAAGGCCCUGAAGAAGCUUGAUGACUAUCUUAACAGCCCCUUGCCAGAUGAGAUUGAUGCAAACAGUAUGGUGGAGGAGAAGGGCUCCAACCGAAGCUUCCUGGACGGCAACAAGCUCACCCUGGCAGACUGCAACCUGCUGCCCAAACUGCAUAUAGUCAAGGUUGUCGCUAAGAAGUACCGCAACUAUGACAUCCCAUCAGACAUGACAGGGGUGUGGCGGUACCUGAAGAACGCCCAAGCAUGCGAUGAGUUCACCAACACCUGUGCGGCUGACGCAGAGAUCGAGAUCGCCUACAAGGACGUGGCGAGGAAACUGGCCAAGUAACUCACCCACUGAGCUGAGCUCCAUCAGAAUAAACUAGCAAACAACACGCAACUAAAAAACAAACACAAUCUCUGAAAAUACAGUAUACUGUCUUUUUAGGCUUUUGGUUGUAGCAUAAGAUUUUUUGUCUGCCACAGCAAACUGGUCAGAUGUUUCUUUCCAGCUCCAGAUGUGUUGAAUGGCUGUACUUCAGUGAUCACUGUAACAGAAGUGGAGCAGAAGAUAAAUCAAAAUUCAUUUAACGUGACUCAAAAGCAGCUUCAGACAUUGCGGCCGUGUAACAUCUGACAUAACUCUUUUCAUUCAAACCUGAUUGUGUCUGUCUGUAUUUAUUUCUCAAAACACAAAGCUCUCUUUCAUACGUACUCCACCACACGGCCAAACGUUUUACUAGCUGCUGAUGUCAAGGUCGUUCUCUUUAUUUAUUCCCAAACCCACAGAAGUCUAGUCUGCCUCCAGUGUUUAUUAUCGAGUCCCGGCUCCUGGGGAGACACCUUGUUUCAUCUGUGAUUGAUGAUUAAUGCUAAAUGUUUGCCGAAUGCCGCCGUUCCAAUAUGCCGUUUCAUUACGAUCGCCAUCUAUUAAAGUCAAUGUUGUAGUUUUCCUUUUUUUUUAGCGCUGUUUCAUUACGCGUACUCGUGUCUUUAGAGCCACUCCUGCUGAAAACAUUUUUGAAUGGAAUUUUCAUUUUAAAAGAAUAAGUGUAAAUGGUCAUUUAAAAGAACAAAGUCUGGCCUAUGAGGGCUUUAACGAAUUAGAACAAAGUUUGUGACAGUAUUGCUCGCUUGCAUUUGAUUUUUGUAUUGAAAACCUGAUGUAGAACCCUUCGGAUAUGAAACCUCUUUAGCUUUGUGCCUUUACAUGGAAGAAUCGGAAACCCAUGCCAGUGUCACUGAUGGACUCGCUCUGACAAAUGCAUUACAGUCGGGGUUGAGACGUCUCUUUUGCCUCUGGCUAUUAGUGUUCCGUCUGGGUAUUGAUUUUGUCUUAAGUUACCACAUGAUAUUAUAAAUGGACAGCCUAUUUAUUUAGCAGCCCCAAUCAGGCCUGAUUAGGCAGAGCCAUUAGUGCUGUGAUGAAAAGCGUCUUCCAGGCCAGGUCCACAACGGUCAGGAGCCCUGCCCUCCAGCCCUCUGACAGAAAGAUAUUUCCUCCACUCUGACGAGUCUAUCGCCAUCUGCAGCCUAAGAGUUAAAGUUCAAAAGUAUCAGUGUCCACGCAGCGGAGAGUGGAAACUUGUCUCGGGGCUUAUCGUCUUUGGCUUUAUGUCAGGCUGCGACUAUAGCAAGACUUCCUUGAAGAGCCAUGAGGCUCUUGUGUGGUUUGGACAAACACAUGAUAUGAAACUGGAGCAUGAUGACUGAGAGGCUUGCUCAUUGCAAAGUUCUGCAAAUAAAAUAAUAUUUUCACAGA